AUGUUAAAAAAGGCCUUGUUAAAUUCUACCUAUGUUUCAAAAGCCUUAACUGGUCGUGCUAGUUUUUGUAGUGCAGCUCAGGAAAAACGUCGUGUCACAUUGAUCCCUGGAGAUGGUAUUGGUCCAGAAAUUUCUGCAGCAGUUCAACAAAUUUUUGAAGCAGCAAAAACACCAAUUGAAUGGGAUCCAGUAGAUGUAACUCCUGUAAAAGGACCAGAUGGUAUAUUCCGAAUACCUGCACGUUGUAUUGAAUUAAUGCAUGUAAAUAAAGUUGGACUUAAAGGACCUCUUGAAACACCUAUUGGUAAAGGUCAUAGAUCAUUAAAUUUAGCAGUAAGAAAAGAAUUUAAUCUUUAUGCUAAUGUUCGUCCAUGUCGUUCUCUAGCUGGACAUAAAACAUUGUAUGACAAUGUAGAUGUUGUUACUAUUCGUGAAAACACUGAAGGUGAAUAUUCUGGUAUAGAACAUGAAAUUGUUGAUGGUGUUGUUCAAUCAAUUAAACUUAUCACUGAAGAUGCUUCAAGACGUGUUGCUAGAUAUGCUUUUGAAUAUGCUCGUGAUAAUGGUAGAAAAGCUGUAACAGCUGUACAUAAAGCUAAUAUAAUGAGAAUGUCAGAUGGAUUAUUUUUGAAAAUGUGUCGUGAACAAGCUGCGCAAUUUCCAGAAAUUGAAUUUAAAGAAGCAUAUCUUGAUACUGUCUGUCUCAAUAUGGUUCAAGAUCCAGGUCAAUAUGAUGUUCUUGUAAUGCCUAAUUUGUAUGGAGAUAUUCUUUCUGAUCUUUGUGCUGGUCUUAUUGGUGGUCUUGGUGUCACACCAUCAGGAAAUAUUGGAGAAGGAGCUGCAGUUUUUGAAUCAGUUCACGGAACUGCACCCGAUAUUGCUGGUCAAGACAAAGCUAAUCCAACAGCUCUUUUACUUUCAUCAGUUAUGAUGUUACGUUAUAUGAAUCUCGGAACUUAUGCAGAUAAAAUUGAAAAAGCAUGUUUUGAUGCAAUUGCUGAAGGAAAUGCUAAAACUCGUGAUUUAGGAGGCAACGGAACAUGUUCUUCUUUCACUGCUGAUAUUUGUGCUCGUAUUCGUAAUAUGGACUAA